ACUUCAUAUUAGCAAAUCAGCUAAAAUUGUAGGAUGAAAUUAGAUGAGCAGAAAGGUAAACGUUUAGCUGUUUCUUUUCACACAGUGCUUUGCCGAGUCUUACUUUCACCAUUUCUGCCGGACAUUUGCAGACCCCUGCCUCCUGUGCAGCAGACGAGAAGAGACGCACGUCAGGCUACGUUCCUGUUUCGCAGGGGUCUAAAGGUACAAGCACAGCUGCAGAAAACCAAUCCUCCCGUCAGAACUCGCCAAUGGCGCACAUCAACAGCGGGCAGCGGAAUCUUGACCGUUUCAAUCGACAACCCCACAGCUAGGACUCAGCCAGAGUGAGUGUCUGUCUCCCUCCCUCUGGCCA